CUUUGAAUUUGUUGUAUACUAGUACUUUGAUGUACAUUAAAUGUAGUCGAUACAGAAUGAUAGAAUGAUAGCUAUGCUAUGAAGACAGUUGUGAAAUGCACGAGUCAAAGGUAGCAAAAUGAAUGAUGGUAGAGAAAGGCACUUCUCAAAAAUUGUGGGGUACGCUAACCGUUCAGAUGUACGAGAGGAAAACAAAACUCAAGAAGGAAAGACUCAGCACAAAAUACUUCCCCAAUCGCCCUCCGCCGUACAUUCGACCUGAUGUGCCCUUUUGCAAGCGGGUUUCUUCAUCAGGUGCCUCUUUAGAGCGUCUGGGCGAGUAAAAGUAUAGCGACAAGCUAAGCAUGGGAAGGAGGGGGGUUGGUGUCUGAGAGACUGUUGGUGUCGGCGCAAGUCACCCGCAGAUGUGCAAAUGUGGGUGCAGCCAUCGAGGUGGCAUGGAAAGUGGUUAUGCCUCGACACACUCUGGUAGGCCUUAACGUCCUUGUCAGCCUCUGGAGAUAUGGUAGUUUCUGGCUGGAAAUUUUGAGAAGAUACGUAGUUGAGUGGAAUCGAAGUUAACGAAGGUGAAAAGGGAGAAGGAGAUGUAUUAGGGGAAUAUUUUUGGUUGGUAUUUGUAUUUUUCGCGUUGAGAACCCGGCGUGAUGUAGCAGAUAUAGAGAGGACUUCGUUGUCAUUGAUGUGCUUGACCCUCUUGACUUGGCGUUUCGGACCGCAAGGUACUUGUGCUUUUCUUUUCGUCAUCAAGGGCUUAGGCGUCUCUACAUACUCGGAACAGUAGCCAUUGGACGAAGAAGAGGAGGAUAAUAUUGAUGUCUUGCGUGAGGCAAAACGAGCAUGCUUAUCAGCAGGGAGGGAGCUCAACGCAGAGGGACUCCAUCUCGGAAGCGGAGCGAUAGGUCUGCAUGCAGGUGGCGGAACCGAAGGGCAAGGCGAGAAACUCGCGUCGGAACCAGACUCAAACCCCGAAUCAGUGUCCCAGGUGGACUCGGGAUGUAAGGAGGGAGGAGACGGAGGUAGUUCUGGUGCAUUGAGAGGCGAGAACUGGUCGAAUGGGUGGUCGAAUGGGGUGCUUGCGUUGUAUUCGUUGAUCCAACCUGGAUUGAUAGUAGAC